AUGUAUGUACACUUGGAUGCUACCGGAUCCACGGUCACUGCCGUCCACAUCCAGGCGCAGCGGGAUUUGUCCAUCGUCGAUCGAGUCCUAGAGCCACAAACAAUUCCUCAUUUCAUGGAAUUUGCUCUGGGGGGAUCGCUUCCCGACGGUACCCGUCCCGAUUCGAUUGGGACCAUGACCCCAGAUGAGAUCCGCUUUACACAAGAGAACCACCCUCCAGGAUCUGAUGGCGAGUCUAUUAUGAACCGUGUCAUGAACCGAAUAGGCUCUGUGGAAGACAAUAGCCGACUCUGUCUUGUCGGCAAAAACAUUCACUCCCUCAAGUCCCGUCUCUGGGAAGGCAUCGUGCCUCUGAGCGACCAACGAUGGCACGAGAGAGGUCUCCAUCUCUCAGAGAAUUUCGAUAUAGCCUGUCAGCAUCUGUCAGCCGUGGUCGCGGUAUUUGAGUAUCUCAACAAUGGGCAAGUCCGCUAUGAUCUUCGCAGGACCUUUAACCUCAUUUAUGAGCACUGGGAAUCGCUGGAUACCGUUCUCAAUGAGAAAAGAGCCGAGACCGGUGCGGAUUCUAUCAGUAUGGCCAAACUAUGGACCAUAUACAUGAACAAAUCCUACAAAGUCAUGACCCAGAAUGCAUAUAAUUGGGUCACGAAGCAUAUCGAUGCUCUGAGAGCUCCCAUACUGCAGGGUCUAUUAGACCAUCAGUCUUUGACUGAAGGAAUGGGGCAGCCAGACGCAACGCAGUGGAAAUUCAUGGACAGACUGCAUAUGUUAUUGGAAAUCUCCGUGCGUGCAGACUCCGGAAUCAUGAUUCCAAUGGAAGGUUACCGGGGGUAUAAUAAAGCCCCAAGGAAUGGCCCCGGUCCAGCGGAGAUGUAUGUCUCGGACUAUGCUAAGCGUGGUGAGGUUUACUCUAAGCGGUUGAAGUCACUCAGUCACCAGAUCAUGUACCAGAGGAUCUUGCGCGGCGGUGGCAGACGUAACCAAACCUCUGGAGAAUCCUAUCAUGAAUCAGCAAUGCAGCAACUCGAAGCCCAGAACCAGGUGAGACGGGAGCUUCGUGGCAAUUCUAGUGGUUCCAUAGCACAUGAGCCUUGGAUGGUCUACUCCUUGCGUACUAUUCGCCGUGCUAAAGAGAAGAAUGAACAACAAGACUGUGGAUUAGCUAUCUACCGUCUCACACACGAGCAAUCGGAGUCUGAGUGGGCAGGAUUUGUUCAAAAACUUGAAGCACACAUCUCCGAUUGGGGUAAAGGCCAGGCUGGCAGUGAUACCCUCAGAACCCAUUUGAAACUUCACUGGGUAGAUGGAAAGGAACUCGGGUUCGCCGAGAAUGACAUUGAAGCUGCUAAAAAACAUUUCAACGAGUUGGUGAAGAAGGAUGACAAAACCAAGAACAAUGACGAAGAAGAUGAAAACGACGGCGAGGGCAAAAGCUGCAAAAGUAAAAGCAACGAAAGUACAUUGCCUCUGAAACUACAGUCACAUGCGUUCCUCGUUGUCGACUCCGCAUCCUUUGUAUCUUACACCACCGACUCCUACCAAGCCACAGUAUCCGAAUCUCUUCAAGGCGACUUUGCCGGCUUUGUCCUCGCCGUCGAUCCCCAUUUUGACCCGAAAGAAGGCGUCGACCGACCGGACGAGUCACCUGGCUACAUUGGCCAGAUGCGUAUCCUUGGAAGUCUGGUCUGGGGUGAUUUAUAUGCGUUCCUAGAAGCUCAGUCGGCUCGCUUGGAAGAUCUGUGGCCGCUUGCAAUGUACCAUCCGAAUCGGGUAUACGCCGGGCCAACCGUGCCGCUCCAGGUGUUCCAAUGGCGGGCCCAAAAUGCAAUUCGCUGGAACUUUUGCGUGAGGCACUCAAGUAUGCAAAGG